AAUUACUUAAUCAAUUGGAGUAAUUAAUUAAUAAGAAAAGAGCUUAUUUUAUGUAUAAAAAAAGUGGAUAAUGUGCAAAGUCAAUAGCAUUGCAGAAGUGAUCUCAAAACCCGUAAGCCUCAAGUAAACUGGUUUAGCAGAUUGAUUUGUUGAUUUUUUACAUUAAUAACACGACAUCUUUAAAAAAAAAAAAAAAAGUCUCUUUAGAGAGAGAAACAUGUGUAAGUAAUUUCUUAGAAUACAGAUGUAGAGAGAGAGAGAGAGAGAAAGCUGGGACCGCACUCAACUCUCUAAUACAGUGACGCCAUCUAUGAAAACAAUCAAAGGUGUACCCUUUACGAUUUAGAUUCUCUCUCUAUCUAUCUGUUUCUAAUUCUCUACACUCUUCACCUAUAAAUAAACCCCUCCUCAUUUCCUUCUCUUUUCUGAUUACUGUUGCAUUAUUCGGAGCAUUUCUCAUUUAUUAUUAUUAAUUAAAUGGCGGAAGAGUUCGAAGAAUCCGAGGUUAUCUUCUCGGAGGAGCACGACAAGAGUAGCUUAUGUCGGAACAGAGAGACGGAGUAUGAUGAUAGCUGUAGUAGGAAGGGAAAGAAAAAGAAGCAGAAGAAAUCAAGGUCGUCUGGUCCGGUGAACAUACCGAGCAAUAUGUUCCAGCUGACGACGGAUACGGAUGAUCAGUUUGACGAUGAAUUAGUGCCGCCUCAUGUCAUUAUUGGGAGAAGAAUCGAAGGCAAAUUAAUGGCGUUUUCUCUUUGCUCUGGGAAUGGAAGGACUUUAAAGGGCAGAGAUUUGAGUCAAGUUAGGAAUUCCAUUCUCAGGCUGACUGGAUUCUUAGAAACAUAAAUUAUUAUUAUUAUUAUUAUUAUUAUGCACAUUUAAAUUUGAAGAGACAAAGGGAAAAAUGAAAAUAAUUUGAUUUCCUUACUCUCUCUCUCUUCCUUUUUUUUUUUUUUUCUUCUUUUAGAUCCUUAGUUAUUCAUUGUAAAACAGAAGAAGAAUUUGGAAUUAGGAAAGCAAGGAAAUGGAAUUGUUCAUGGGACUUAAAUUACUAAAUGCUUAUAAAUAUAUCAGUUUUUUUUCUUCUGCAAA